CGUUCCUCCACACUCCCGUCGUCAACGUCAAGCACAUCAACAGACAAAAUGGCGCCCGCUGCUGGAGCUAAGAAGCAAAAGAAGAAGUGGUCCAAGGGCAAGGUCAAGGACAAGGCCCAGCACGCCGUCCUUCUCGACAAGACCACCUCCGAGAAGCUCUACAAGGAUGUCCAGUCUUACCGCCUCGUCACCGUCGCCGUUCUCGUCGACCGCAUGAAGAUCAACGGUUCCCUGGCCCGCCAGUGCAUCGCCGACCUCGAGGAGAAGGGCAUGAUCAAGCCGGUGGUCACGCACAGCAAGAUGAAGAUCUACACCCGCGCCGUUGGCGGUUCCUAAGUUGCUCGAGUGGAGGAGGUUGAAGCUGGAGAUAUGGCGUCUGACUGGCCUUGACGAACAAUCGGCCAUUGGAUCGGAGGAUGUUCACGGCACAAAGUGCCCGGGUGGGACAUAUUUCAUGCUCGGUGUAGCAUACAUAGGGACUGGAGUUGUUCUUCAGCAUUCGGCAACGGAAUCAAAAGAUCUUCAAAACACCCUGUGGCCGGCAUCGCUGUGACUGCACAGUCCGUCUGGACGCUUGUACAGAGUAAACAGGGCAUGGUUCACUAGGCCCCGACGCGAUGAGAACGUAGACAAUUCGCUUCGAUCCUGGCGCAAUUGACCGAAGCGUUGGAGGCCCCGCGGAUAUGCCUGCCAGCCCGUGCCCCUUGGCGUAUACCUACGUCUCACGAUGUGAGGGCCAUAUCAAGAUUAGAUGGGGCGCUGGCGCCACGACCGGGAUCUCUAUUGUGGCAAGUUUCGUGAAGGCCAUGGGCUUUGCUCAAUAAACAUACGUACUGUACAUGCCGUAUGCGGACUUGUGCACAGCAUCCCGUGCCGUCAAUGCAAUUGGUGCGAGCAGC